AUGGCUCACUGGGAAAGUGCUCCCCCUGCUGGUGAAAGACAGUACCUCACCCAACAGGAAAGGGAACGCCAGUCGCUGAACCAUGAGGAAGAAGCUGCCAUGCGGGCCCACUACAACUCCAAUAGACAAAACUGUCAAAUGGACAUCCAUGGACAUGGGGCACAAGAGACCCAGCCGCCUCCUCUGUAUCAUCAGGGCCAUCACAGAAUGGCUCAGAGUCAGAACAAAAGGGAUCGGCCCAAUCUCUCUGGACCCUUGAGAGGCCAGGCACCCCCUAAUGUAACCUUACACCGCAGUGGAGAAAUAACAGAAACACGGGUUAAGCAUGAACCCCACUUCCCCAGCUAUGAUUUUUUGCCCCCACUCAUUGUCGAAAGAGGGCAUGAGGAUAUUUCCCUUCACCAUAACACUGACUGCGAUUAUAUGGUUGGUCGGAUAGUGAAUCAUAACAAUCUCCAUUACUUGGAAAGCAAAUGGCAGAUGUACAAUCCCACCCAUUCCAAUGGACAUGCUAGAGGUAAUUUUUAUGAACAUUCAAGGGGACAUUCUAAUGAAUGCUCAAGAGGACGUUCUAGGGGUGGCUCUAGUAUACGGUCUAGGGGUGGCUCUAGUGGACAUUCUAGGGGUGGGUCUAGUAGACGUUCUAGGGGUGGGUCUAGUGGACAUUCUAGGGGUGGGUCUAGUGGACGUUCUAGGGCCCAUUCCAGCAGGUCUCCCAGGCUGAACUUCCAGACUAAGCAUGUCAAUCAUUCUCAAACUACGACCAACAGUUCUCCAGACAUUCAGAACGCCAACAUCACUCCAACUAUUCCUGUGGUCAACAACGAACACAGUGUAACAACAUUAGGACGAAGAGCAGGUCCUGUGAGAGAUUCUACAUCACUUGUGGAACUCCCUUCCACGGGAGGUACAGAAUCUGGUGUUGUUGACUUUAAAGCAGCCCAGGUAACAAAUGCAGACACCCAUGGUAUACUAGGACAUAGUGUUCCUUCUCAAGCCAUAACACAACAAACCGAUAAUCUUCCUGGCAAUGCUGCUCUGGUUUCUCACACCCAGACCUCUGCCACCCCUGAACAGCAACAUGAUCCCUCUCCUUCUCCCAAUCCUCUCACUGAGACACCUCAGAACAAACCUCCUCAUAAACAUAAGAUCUCACUUAAUGAAAUACAGGACUGGCUCCAGAGUGUUUUAAGAUCUAAAAAUGGACCCGUAAAUGGGAACAACUCAACACAAGACCCCUCUCAGUCCCAACAAUCCAGCACAGAGAAGAUGGAUGUUUUACAAGCAGGCAAAACGCACCGACAUCUAAACACCAAAGACGACCAGGCGAGGCCCCCUAAGUGGUUUAGUGCUGUGGACUCCACUGUACGGCUAGAGAUUAAGUCCACCCCCAGGUGUAUGACCCUGACGGCAGUCGCCACCGCUCCGCCCCCCGUGGCUAUCGUCCCUCCAAUGGGUCUACAGAAGUCCCCAGAGCCCAUGGAGACAGAGAAUGCAGGCAAUGAGGUGCCAUUUAAGAUUUUACAGGCCUGGUCCAUUACCGAACAACAGGCGGAAAGCCUGUGGGAAAGAGCUAAAGAUGAUGCAAGUUCUCGAUCUGUCCUAAAUGAGACUGUUCAAGUUGAGAGUGUUAUGGAGUGUGAUAAGCCAGUAGAUGCAUGUGCAACAAGUUCACUGGCAUCUACUGGAGAGGACAAUGAUGAGGUCCUUCAGGUCAAUCCACAGAUGGACAAGAGUUCACCUUCACCAUUUGUCCACACCAACCCUCAGGCAACUGAUAUUGUACGCAUUUGUGGUACCCAGACAAUUGUGGACGUUAGCUCUAAUGGCGCAGAUGAGAGAACUCUUGAUUUGUCCACAAUUGAUGAAGUUCAGUUCAAAUUAAGUACGCUGCAGCAACUGGUUAAUUAUCUGGAGAGUGCAGCAACAAUCACAGAGGCAAAGGAUGGUUGUCUAGAGGCCAUAUUGGAGAUGUAUUGGGGUGGGGAUACCUCUAACCUGUUAAAAGCUUUAAAAGAUAAAAGGGAUGAGGAAAUCAUGCAGGAUGUGACUGCCUGGGCCACAGAGGAUGAGAAGGCAGUGGUUUUCUUUGCAGUCAAUGGUAUAUCACUGGGGGAAGUCGUCAAGAACUUUCCCAUUCCAGCACAUGUUGACAGCUCUUCCCAAGUGGGUUACAGGUCAUCAUGGUUAAAUGUCAACGAGAAGCUGUAUGACAUAGACAAAGAAUCUGGAAGAGCUUGGUCUCUGUGGUUUAUACCAGAUAAAGCAGAGGAGAGUUCCAAAGUGGUUGGGGGAGUAAAAAUGGAUGACACCUUCCACAGCAAGAUGGAGACUGUGGACUUGCCUGCACGACAACCUGUUGAAGCAGAAGCAACAGACUCAGACCUCGCAACAAACACAGCCCUCAUGAUGGACGCAGACCCCCCAACAGACACAGACCUCCCAAAAGACGCAGACUCAGAGACAGAACCCCUUUCCCCAAUGAUUUUGACCGUCCUCACAUCAGAGGAUGCUGUGAGACUGUUUUGCCAGAUCGAAAAUGGCACUGACCUCCAACUCGGGUCCCAUGAACCAUGCUCUGAAAACAAAGAUAAGACCCAGACAAAGCAACUAGAGAAUAUAGUCUGUGGCAGCUUAGAUAAGUCCUGCUACUGUCCUUGUAUUAUUGAAACUGACAAUGGGUUUGAAAUUGGCCUAUGCUCCAGUUGUCAGAGAGAGAAAGGAUUGCAGCAAGCUACAAGCUGCAUAACAAUCGCUCACUGCUUUACCUUGUCAGAUACAAAUGACAAUUCAGAUCAGGAGACAGAAGAGGUCCCUAAGGACUCUGGGGGGAAGGCAACUGUGGACAAUCAAUGCAGAGACAUGAAGCAGAUACAAUCAACUGAAGAAGAGGGUGAUGACAAUCAAUCCAGUGACAAUAAAACAGAGGGAGAAAUGCAGCAAUGUACAACCGUCGUACCGAUCACUGACUUUUUUCUCUGGUCAGAUACAAGUGAGGAUUCAGAUCAGGAGACAGAGGAGACCCCUAAUGAACAACAUGCUCAGAUUGAGGCUCAUGCUUCUAAUGUUAAAAGGACAGAGCCUGAAACUGAUGCCAAAGCACCAUGUGAGUCAGCCCAAGAACAUACUACCCAAAGCAAAGUCAGUCCUGGUUCUGAUGAUAGGGAAAGACGGCAAGAGAAGGACCAAGACUGUAGGACGAGUACAUCACCACUUCGCAAGGUUGAGAACCCCUCUAAGUUAAGAGCUGACUUUGUUUCUGACUUUGUCACCCAAUACAAAACCUGCAAGUCAAAGAAAAAAAUAUAUGUAUAUGUAGAACAGGAGAAAACCCUCCAUCCAACGUUACCUGAUAGACAAAAGCCCAGGAAAAGCAAUGGGAGAGCAGAGAGGGGACGGUCACCAUCCCAACCCCCUAAGAGCGCUGGGGUGAAGGCAACUGUGAAUAAUCAACGCAGGGACAAGAAGCCACAUGCGUCGCACAAGAGAAGACAUUCGACUGAGAGUGAUGAAAAUCGAUGCAAAGACAAGAAGAAGGCAUCAUCAACUGAAAAAGGGUGUGAGGGCAGUCAAUCCAGGGACAAGAAGCCACCGAAGAGGAGACAUUCAACUGAGAAAGAGAGUGAGAAUAAUCAAAGUAGGGACAAGAAGAGGAGACCUUCAAUUGAAAAUGUGGGUGAGGGCAGUCAAUCUAGGGACAAGAUGUCACAGAAGAGGAGAACUUCAACUGAAACUGAAGGCAGGAACUUUGGUGACUCCAAACAGUUGCAGUGCCAGUUGGUGGAAAGAGAGAGGGACAGCUGCAGUGGAAACGCACCGCUGUGCCCUGGGGUGAAAACCCUCCAUGUGCAGGGAUCCUCAAGUACCACCGUUUCUCUCAAACUCUCCAUAAACGUCCCCAAAAAGCCUUCCACAAACAGCUCACCCUCCAAACAUACUGAGGAAGUCCCCAAAAGGACAAUGGAACAGCCAAAGACUAAAGCCCUGAACCAAACUAGCAGACACCGCUCCCCUGCAAAGUCAGUGUCUCCUGUUGUCAAAGAGAGGCAGAGGAACGGCGUCAAACACAAGCAAAAAAUUAAACACCUAACAGUCAGAUUGGAAAAGCUGUCCUUAUCCAAACAUCUUGUCAGGAAAGGUUCUCCACCAAGCCUGAAGACAGAGGAAGGUUCCCCACCAAGGCAGAAGAGGGUGGAGGAUAGAGGAGACCCUGGGGGUUUAGGGGUAAAGGUUUCUAAGAAUCCUGACUCGUCCAUGAAACUUAAACAUAAACAGAAGUUGACAAAGAUUCUGGAGGUGUUGAAUAGGAAUGAGAAAGGAAGGAUUUCAAAAAGCGAGUGUGAGAAUGACUCGCCGCCCCUCAAGCCAAAGCUGCCAAGGAUUCCCACGCUUCUGAGGACUCCAGAGGUUUCAAAGGAUGGGAAUGAGGGAGAGAACAGAGAAGAGACAUCUCCCAGUGCUUCACCUGAAUCACAAACGCUGAACAAACCUGCAAGAGUGGCACACAAGCUGAAACCUUUUAUCAAGCCUACCAGUUCCAAUGUUUAUAGCCAAGGUAGUCAUGUUUGCCCUAAUCCGGCCAGGGUAUCUCCACCACAUGGCAAAGGACAUUUUGGGGCAAAAGUCUCAGUGAGGCAGAAGGUGUUCUCUGAUUGGGAGAGCAGCUUUUUCCCGACUCCAACCCCCCGGAUUCACAGACGAUCAGGGUGUCCUCCAGAGGAAGUGGAAGCUCCACAGGCCAGUCCCAGGUCCAGCUCGGAGACCAGGAUCAUCCGACUCAUUCUACAACGUGUCGAUGCUCCGCCAAAACCGAAGCGGAACAUCAGCUUUGCUUUGAAUCCAAGGAAGGUGCACUACUUCAAGCCCCUUGAAUAUGAAAAUGACGUCAUGUUCAACAGGUCUUACAUGGAUGCUGAAGAUGCACAGCGUUCUGACGAGGAAGAGGAAGAUUCUCCUGUGAACUACCAGAACACGAAGGAACAGCCCCCUAUUAGGGAAGAGAAGCGACAAGAUAUAGGGGAGCUGAAGCCUGGACCAAGCGGUGCAUGUGAAAAGAGCUUCAAAAAGAAGCGUGAAAUGCAUGAGCCUGCUGCCAUUUUGAUGAAGAAGAACGUUGUUCAGGCAAACCAUUUGGAUGAAGUCUCUCCUUCAUGA